AUGAAACUGUACGCCGUGGAAGGAGAUAUUCAAGAAGAAGUUCAAGGACAUCAUUGUCGUCAAAUUGGAAGAACGGAUCCUUCUGAUCAACCUUCUAUGAUUAAUGCUUUAUGUUCAUAUAGUUGCAUAUUCAAACAACUUAAACACUCACCGGUCACACGGUAUAAAAAACAAAACAAUAUCUUUAUCAAAAUGGCAAUGAUUAAUGUGAACCGCAACACCAAUGAUAUGUUUUACCGUUAUAAAAUGCCAAAAUUGGUUGCCAAGAUUGAGGGCACAGGCAAUGGAAUUAAAACGGUUAUUGUCAAUAUGACACAAAUAGCAAAAGCGUUAAGUAGACCACCGACAUAUGUAACAAAGUUUUUUGGCUGUGAAUUGGGUGCUCAAGUUCAAAUGGUUGCGAGAGAUGAUCGUUAUAUCGUUAAUGGUGCACAUGAUGCCGAAAAGCUACAAAGUUUACUGGAUGGCUUCAUUAAACGUUUUGUUUUAUGUCCUCAUUGCGACAAUCCGGAGACGCAAUUGGUAAGUAUGCAGCGAAAUCGAACUGGUGGUGAAAUUCGUCAGCAUUGUACUGCGUGUGGUUAUCAAGGCGGAAUUAAUAUGGCAUCACAUAGAUUAACAGCAUAUAUAUCAAGACAUCCGCCUGAUACUGGGGGAAUAAUAAGGAACGAGAGAAAUGUGCCUUCUGGUGAUUCUUCAAAUGGUGUAGUAAACAUAAAUGGUGUAGCAUAUGGUGAUGUUGAUGAGGUAGACGAUUGGGUAGACAAUGAUUUAUCGCCCACGGAUGCUUCGAAUACUAAUAAUGAGCUCGAUUCAAAUGUUACAAGUAUGAUACAAUCACGCGAUCUCGAUAAAUCAGUUGCCGAACGAUGUGAAAUGUUUUUAGAAAUGUUGGAGAACAAAAAAACAUCGAAUGGAUUGAAUAAGCCAGAAAUAAUUAAAGAAAUAUUAGCAGAAGCCGAACGUCUCGAAAUAAUGGAAAAAGUACCAUUUGUUUUAGCACAAUCUUUAUUCACAGAAAAUAUUUUGAACGAAAUCGAUACGUACAAAGUUCUGCUGUUAAAAUUGUGCAGAAAAACUUCAAGAGGUCAGAAAUACUUUCUACACGGUUUGGAGACGUUCAUUGGUAAUGGUCCAUUAAAAGAAACAUUAUAUAAUAAAAAGUCGCUUGCAAAAACGUUUCUGAAAUUGUAUGAAGAUGGUAUAAUUGAAGAAGAAACAUUUUAUUCGUGGUAUGACAAGACACCCAAACGUUGUGCAGACAAGAAAAUCGCUAAGAAAAUACGGGAAAUGGCAAAAGAGUUCAUUGAAUGGCUAAAAACAGCUGAUGAAGCCAGCGACGAAGAGCAAGAAGAUGGUGAAGAAGAAACGGCAGCUGAAAACGAGGCGGUCGCUAUCAAUUUUAGUUAUGCAGCUGAUGGCUUGGAAGUUGCCAGAGAAAAUCCUCGGGCAGCAAGAGUUGAAGAAUCGAGAAUCGAAGUCAAUGGUGAAAUUAUCAAUGUUGACGAUAUCUGA